AUGGAAUGUAUAUCUUGUAAUGGAUUAACAUUAAAUGAAAAUGAAGAUGAAUGUGUUUGUCAAUUGGGAACAAUUAAUAAAGGAGAUGAAAUUGAGGGGAUAUGUGAAAAAUGUGAAAAUGGCUUGGCACUAAGCAAAAACAACCAAUUUUGUGUUUAUUGUGUAAGCAUUAAUGGAAGUUUAUUACAACGAGAUAACAACGGAAAAUGUCCAAAUUGUGGGAAAGAUGAAAUAUUACAAAUAACGGGAGAGAAAGAAGAUGGAAGUUGGGAUUUUUGA